AUGAAACUGAAGUCGAUCGAGCUGCUCAGCGGACUCGAUCGAGCUGGUGACGCCUCGUCUCAGGAACCCGUAGCUGACCUACCUACUCCUGCAGCUGCAGAGACUGCUCCAGCCAGAGCUUACACACCUAAGGUGCCUUACCCUGUUCCACGGAAGAAGUCCAGAAAAGACUUGGAGGAUGCAAAGUGUAAGGAGAUGUUGAAGGACUUGACUGUGAAGCUGCCUCUGUCUGAUGCUGUUCAGAUGAUUCCUGCUCUGAAGAAGUACAUGAAGGAGCUGAUAUCUGGGAAAGUAGCUGAGGAUGAGAACGUCAUGCUAGUGUCAGAGGAGUGCAGCGCUGUGCUGCAGAACAAGGUGAUCAAGAAGAGGAGCGAUCCAGGAAGAUUUGUCUUGUCAGUGCAGAUUAGGCCACAUGACCUUCGCAUGCUCUCUUUGCGAUCUUGGCUCGAGCGUGAACCUGAUGCCGUAUUCUGUGGCCAAGCGAUGGGAUACACAAAGUUCAAACCCACGAAAGUCUCCUUGGUUUUCGCUGACAGAUCGACUAAGUUCCCAGUCGGUAUACUUGAGGAUCUACAUGUGCAGAUAGGGAACACACUCAUUCCAGCAGACUUUGUAGUCCUCGAGCUCGACGAAGAGCCUAAGGAUCCGCUGAUACUAGGGCGAAACUUCCUAUGCACAGCUGGUGCAAUCAUUGAUGUGAAGGGAGGAAUCAUUGAUCUCCAUCUGGGAGAUAUCGUCAUGAGGUUCGAGAUGAACAAACUCCUCAAGAAGCCAAUGUUAGAUGGGCAAACUUAUGUGAUUGAAGAUGGCUCAAACUUGGUGGACGAAGUGAGUGAGGAGAUGCUUCUUGACGACCCUCUGGAGGUAGCUUUGACUAAAGCUGAAGGCGAGUAUGAUUUCCUGAAUGAGGAAGCCGAUGGCUUCGGGAAAAUGAUGGAUGCAAGCGGCAAGAUGGAGAGACUGGUGGCGUUCAUGAGCUUGGAGGAAAGGAGGAUCGAUCGAAGCCGAUGCCAGAUCGAUCGAAUGCACCUCAGGAGAGUCCGUCAACAGCCCUUGGAGCGAGUCGAGUGCACCUAA